AUGUCCGAGGCAGCCUGCCACCCCCUUUCACUCCUCGAGUCGAUCGGUCUGAUGCGCGUCUGUAACAGAUGCAAGGACCUGACAUGGAAGGGGCGGGACACAUCAGAUGGCGGGCGUGAUCUAUCAGAGGUGGCCCGUGCGCUGCCCGGGUUCCGCGUCGGCGCGCGCCAGCAGAAUGAGGAAUUUGCGAGGUUCUGGAUAUGGCGGAUUGGUGUUACUCCUGUGAGUGGAUCUCCUGCAGAUAGAUGGAGAGAGAGUCUUUUGACUCUUCUCUCUCGAAUUCCUGACCAUGCGCCUCUACAUCUACAAUCUAUUCCAACACACCGCUGCACUCUUGUUAUACACACUCAGUCGGCAUCUACCAAACGGAGCCUAGCAGAUAGACCGUCAAUAAUAUACAACGCAGCCAUGGCAGGUGGCAAGGGAGUCUCCACGUUCCCUUUGGUCCGGAUCUCGCCUCCGCAUAUCAACGUCGACCUCCACAAUUCAUUCGAUGAAGUGACCCAACGCACGGUGGAUCAGAUACUUUCAGACGAGGCAAGCUUUGAGAACAGCUUUGACGAUUAUAGCGGUAGCGAUGGUAUAAACGGAGAGGAUGACAUGACACGAAGCGGGGGUCACCGCACCUCGGCAAUUACCGCUGCUACGCAAUCUGCAAACGUGGACUCGCCUUAUUUCCCAAGCAAAAAGCGCUCGAAGACUCAGAAGGCGGCACAGAGACACAUCAGUCGCAUGAACUCGAAUGACGAAGAAAACGAUACCGAGUCUAGUACGAGUGAGGUUGGGCCUAAUGGACACACGAUCGUCGAUGAUGGCGAAACUCUCGAUGACGCCUUUGAGGAGGACAUCGUCUUCGCGUCUGUGGACUUAGAUAAGAGGAUGGAACUGCUUACCUUCAUCAGCUCCCACCCUUUCAUGAAGAAAGGCGAAUAUCCUGUGCUACGAUCCGCGCGACGAAAAUUCGUUCGUGAAUUACGUCGUAAGAGUCGAUCGCUUGGUAUGGAAGAGGCUGAUCUUGGAAAGCUCGUUGCAUAUGUCAAAAAGAUCUACCUUGAGCUCUAUGGCAAUGGCCAAAUGAGUCUGGAUGGUAUUGGAUUUGGCGAGGAGAUCAAGGAUGAGCAAACAAGCCCACCGAAGUCUUUUGAUAAGGACAACAAGAGGAAGCGAGGCGCCAGCAAUGACCAGGGGACAACAUCGAAACAAGAGGAAAAGAAGACUACAUCGAAGAAAAGAAAGUCGCUCGAACCCAUCACAAAUGGACACCGUAAAAAGUGUGAAACUGAUGGUCCGGACGCAAACAUUUCGAUAGCGAAGCCUUCCGCGUCUCAUUCCAAGGUCAGCCGGGAAAGGACUACAGAUGCCGCUAAGGGCAUGCCGGCAAUUAUUAUUGAUCUAUGCCCGGGUGGUAACGAAAGUCCCGAACCAGUCACUACGCAGAAUGUCCCGGUCAAAUCCCCAAUUGCUGGACAGGCCGCAGAUAGACAUAAUGAUGGGAAUCACAGACUUCCAUCACCGCCACAUUCUGAGGAAGGAUACAAACAAAGCUCCGUUGAGAAGAAGACCACUCAAACCGAGGGGGCAAAUACCGAAACACUCCCAUCGCAGCAAACAUUUAUCAAAAGGUCCAUGACACUUCACUUCUCUUCGAAAUCCCCAGGCCAGCACGUCAUUCGUGAUUCAGAGGACGAGGAGGAAGAGGGUGAGGAGGAUAAGAAGCCCGGAUUAUCUCAGCCUGUUUCAGCGGAAGAUGAACUCCCCUCGGCUACGCAAACCCAGCAGCCUGGAUGCCUGCAGAGCGACAUAACGCAGCAUCCCGAUCGUGUGCUGUCCAAGAAAGAAAAGAAUAGAAGGAAGCGUGAUAAUCGCAAACAGCGAAAGAAGAAACAUUUUCGCGCAAGCCUUACGAACACUGAACAUGUCGCAUUGUUGACGAGAGCAGAUGACGUUCAACAAGGCCAUACCAAUGAUUCGCAAAGUUCAAUCACCAGCGAUGAGGUGAGGUCGAAGUAUUUCAUCGCCCCCCUGCAAUUGAAGAAAGGGAAUGUGCAUUGCGAAGAGAGAAGAAGUACCCACUCAGAGAAUGUUCUCGGUCGGGUACCUGAAGAAACCCGAAUUCUCCUAUCCAAGCUGAAUCUUUCAUCAGAUUUCCUUUCUACUGAUUCAGACUUGAGUGAUGUACCUAGCGGUUUCGAUGAUAUUCCAUUUGAUUAUUCUCUCGAUGUCUCACCCAUUGAAGUACAGCGUGCACCAGAGGCUGUAGAGCCAAGCACGCCGACCAAAGCAACAUCAAUAGGGGCUGCUUCUGUGCUGCCCAGAACACCGCGUCUGAGGCCUCAGAAGAUAUCCCCAUACUUUCCCAAACCUCUGGUCGACCCUGAUUCAUGUCUUCCGUUUCCGCCCAUCGAUGCGCCAUCAUUCGGAUUAGUACAGGAGCAACUUGCCCAUGAUCCUUUCCGUCUAUUGAUUGCCACCAUUUUCUUGAACCGUACUCGCGGGGGCGUUGCGCUUCCAGUGCUAUUCAAAGUGUUUGAUCGGUUCCCCACGGUGGAGGCAAUGGCAUCGACGGACCCAUCCACCCUGGCAUCUAUGAUACACUGCCUCGGAUUUCAGAACCAGCGAGCGAAAAAGUGCGUUACAUUAGCCCAGACCUGGUUGGCCUUUCCACCUACGAAAGGAAAGCGCUACCGCAAACUUCACUACCCCUGCAAGGGAGAUGGACGUGAUAUUGGCGCAGAUGAAAUCAUUGCUGAUGAUGACGCUCGCGUGGGUUGGGAGAUUGCUCACCUCCCUGGUGUCGGACCCUAUUCUUUGGACAGCUGGAGGAUCUUCUGCCGUGACGAACUCCGAGGACUUGCCUCGGAUUGGAGAGGUCAGGGAGCUUCCAAGACAUCAUUCAUUCCUGAGUGGAAAUCAGUGUUGCCGCAAGAUAAAGAGCUACGGGCGUACUUGACGUGGAUGUGGCUGAAAGAGGGUUGGGUGUGGGAUAGACACACUGGGGAGAGAACACCGGCGAGUGAACGAGUGAUGCGAGCGGCACGUCGAGGAGGGGUGGCUCAUGAGGAGGAUGGGAAUUGGGUUCUGGAGAUGUCGCCUGUGAAGAAGGCGUCGAAUGGAUUGACAGUAUGGAGUUAG